AUGAAGUUCCAGUAUAAGGAGGACCAUCCCUUUGAGUAUCGGAAAAAGGAAGGAGAAAAGAUCCGGAAGAAAUAUCCGGACCGGGUCCCUGUGAUCGUGGAGAAGGCUCCCAAGGCCAGGGUGCCUGAUCUGGACAAGAGGAAGUACCUAGUGCCCUCUGACCUCACUGGGCUAUAUCCCCAAGUGGUGUCUACCUCUGUAGAGUUUUAUGGGAAUAUGAGAGUCAGCAGAAAAGAAGUCGAUGGUCAUAAGGGAUCCAUGGCAGGAUUCCAACUACCACCAAGCCCAAAUCAUGCCCAGUGUACUGACUGCGAGUUAAGUUAG